AUGCCCUGCAUCCCCCUGGGGGUUGCCUCCAACACUAGCCCUGUGAGAUUUGUGGCUUCGCCUCGCACCUAUGAGUCGCCAAGGGUGGCGAAAGUGCUGCUGCCGCAAAGCUCACAGGUCACUCACAGCGCGGUGCCGCGGGCGCCUUCGCCCGUGAGCCCUGUGCGUGUGGCGGCCAUGCAGCAGAUGUACGCGCCCGUGGCGCGUCGGGCGCGGCCAUCCAAUCCGCCGACCCCAGCGCACCACCCGAUGAUACCACGGCCGGUGCCUGUCGCACAGCCAGCGCAGCCGGUGGUACAGCCGGUGGUGCAACAGGCCUCCCGUCCCAUCGUGGCCCAAUGGGCACCUCCGCCGGUGCCGCGGGUGCUGCCGGCCAAGCUGGUGCCGCGACAGCAGGCAGUCGCCUUCGCCUGUGAGGCGCCCUUGCAGGGUUUGAACCCAGCCCCUCCAUGGAAUUCCAUGCCAUUCCCCUGGCGGCGCCUCCGCGUCGGAGCGGCCGCAGCGAUGCUGCUGGCCACGCUGCAACUGGGAGCCCCGGGUUUCGCGCGGGUGAGGCGAAGGAAGGAGCCCUUGGAGAAGGAGCUGACCUUGAAACGCACCCGGCCGGCCGAACAGCGGCCGGCCGAAGAUCGCCUUUCCUCGGCGGGGCCGUUGCUUCCCUUCGCCGCCGCGCUGCCCGAGGCACCUCCCAGCGAGGCGUCUGAUGGGGACGCCUGGGGGGUGACAGCCAGGGAGGCGCAGGCGCAGGACGUGCUGCUGGGGGAAGGGGAACCCUUGGAGGUUUCGGAGGAUCCAUUGCAGGACUUGGUGAGGAAUGGCGUGGCGAUGGUGCCGGCGGUGCUUUCUUCAGAAACCACGGCGGAGCUGUACGACUUCGUGCUGAAAGAUUUGGCCGAAGCGCGAGCAGCCGUCGAGGCCGACCCUGGCCUCAAGCACCGCUACUUCUCCCGGCACAUCCGGCAGACGCGCAGCAGCGCCACGGCCGCGCAGACGCGUUGGGAGCUGCAGCUGCCACGCAACGAUGUGACGCAGCGGGCGCUGGAGGAGGUGCUUGGAGGCCCCGUUGGUGCCCUCUUCACCGCCCUCUGCGGCUCCGCGGAGCUCUGGGAAUUCACCGCGCUGCUGGCGCUGCCGGGCGCAGUGCCCCAGCAGCUGCACUGCGACGUCGCCGGGGACGCGGCAGCAGCGCCGCCGUUGGUGACGGCCUUCGUGGCAUUGCAACGGGUGGAGAGGGAGAUGGGGCCCACGCGAUUUCUGCCCCAAACGCAUCGCCCUGACAGCGAUGCUAGAAGGACAUUUUCUGUGGACAAGUCGCACUUUCUCAACACUGCAUCUUCCAAGGUGGCCUUGUUGCCCCCCGGCGCCGCGGUGGUCUAUGACGGCCGGCUGCUCCACUGCGGCACUGGCAACGCCUCGCAGCGCCCGCGCGCGCAGCUGGUGCUGACCGUGCGGCCCUGCGGCUGUGGGGCCGUAGCGUCGGCGUCGCGGAAGACGCGCCGGGCGUUUCCGGAGAACGUGACGUUGGAAGAGCUGAAAAUGGGGCUGAAAUACCAGGUGCCUGGCACUGCCAGUCCUGUGCAGAUAGCAGUGCCUAAGCCUUCGCCCUUGGAUUCGCCCCGCUCCACGGCCACGGCGGCCACCAUUUGCCCCGUGCCGCUGAGUACGCCCGCGUACAGCGAGAGGACCAUCGCCAGCCCCGUGGUGCUCUCCAGCCUUGGACGGCAGAGCCCCCAUGAGAAGGUGACCCUGCGGGACCCCUUUUUGGGAUGGAAAAGGCUACUCCCUGCCCUUCCCUAUCCCAACCAGGCCGCCCUGCGUGCCGCCGACCGGCUGGCCGAGACGGCCCGCGCCUCGUUGACCAACGGCCUGCUGUGGCGCCCUGCGCCACGGCCCACGCCAGACCCGCUGCUGACAGCACUGGGAACGGGGGGCUCGAGUGAGGACUGCUGCGCCAUGGCGAGCACGCCGGACCCUCCGGAGUCACGGAAGCUGAGCGCCGUGUUGGAGUCGCAGCCCAGUGAACUGAUGAAAUGUCUGGCGUCCUCCUUCUGCCCUGGCCGCGAAAGCCCGGGUCCGCAGUACACCUCCGCCAUCCUGCUGCGCACCCCCAGCAGCAAGCAGAACCGGCGCCAGAUCUCGCCGGGCGCCAGCUGUGUGGUGCGACCGCCGAGCCCGCAGGAUCCGCAAGGUCCCAAGAUGAUGCCUGGCAGCUUUGAGGAGUUGGUGGCCAACGGCGCAAAGGCAGGGGCUCUGAAGGUGACUCUGGCCCUCUUCGACCUUUUCUGCGCGGCGGUCUCUGAGAACAGCAUCGUGGAACAGGUUUGCGUCGAGUUGUCGCUGCAGCUGAAGCGCGAGGAGCUCCAGUGGGACCAGCUGGUGCUGCUGCGACCCCUGCAGACCUUGGCGCAGACUGUGGCUUCGUUAAUGAGCGGCUCGGGGCCGCUGAAGGAGGAGACCUUCUGGAGUAUGUUGGGGGAUGAGGAGGAGUACAUGCCAUGGUGGAAGGCCCUGCUGGCACGCCAUGGCCUGCAGCGCUCGGGCCAGGUACUAUCGCAAGAGCAGCUGGCAGAUCUCAUUACCUCGGCCUGUCGCAUGUUGCGGGACUCCUUCGCGCCUGAGUCCUACCUGCGCAAUCUGCGAACGGUGCGCUUUGGUGCGCAUCGUUUGCAAGAUCGUUAUGAAGAUUUCCAGUUGCUGACGCCCAGUCGCUUUGGAAGAACCUACCGAUGCAGGGGGCGUUUGAGCUUUGAAGAAAGGCUCUGCACCCAGGUGCGCAAGGACCGAAUGGCAUGCCCUGCUGACCAAGUGCGCGCCGAAGCUGAAACGCUGCGCUCCAUGCACAACGCCAACCUUCAUCGUGUCGUUGAGAGCUUUGAGGACUUUAAUAGCAUCUACAUCAUCUCUGAGCUGGUGGACAGCAUCCGGCUGUUGGCCUUCCUGCGCUCCCAAUACGACGCCAAGUUCGAGAUCACCGAGUCGUGGGUCUCACAGGUGAUGCGUCAAGUUCUGGAAGCUCUGGGUUUCUGUCAUCAGAAGAAGCCACGGAGCAUUGUCCACGGUGACCUGGGGAUGGACAGCGUGGGCUUGGCCUCCAUCUCGGAUCCGGCCACGUCGCCCCAUGUCAUUAUCUCUGACCUGGCUUUGGCCGGCAUCCUCUCCUCCCCCGGCAACAAGUUUUGCGACCUUCCGGCAACGCCAUGGUGGCGACACGACCAGAGCUUGGAGGCGGAGCUGGAGCAGUGUGGGCCCAAGCAGGACGUCUGGGCCUGCGGAUGUCUGCUCUACAUCUUGCUGAGUGGCUGCAUGCCCCUGAAGACCAAUGAGAUUUGCUUCGGUGGUCCCUUCCAUCCGCCCGAAAAGUCGCAAUUUUAUGACAUCGAAACUCGGGGAGAUCUGGGACCGUUGGGGCAGGAAUGGUCGCAUUUGCGGCACGCUUCUGCACAAGCAGAGGCUUUGUGUUCCCGAAUGCUUGAAAGCAACCCGGCGCAGCGCCCCACGGCAGACGAGUGCCUGUGCUACCCCUGGCUGCAGCCGGGCGCGACGUCGGUGUUGUGCAAUGUGGUGCCCACGACAGUGUUCGAGCGGCUGCUGCAGUACGAUGCCAGGAUCAGGGGGAGCAAGGAGGUGGCGAAUCAAGUGAUGAACCACCUGAGUUCUAGCAAAAUCUCCUGCGCCAGCAGUGUCUUUGCCAAAGCCACCUUGCCGCGACACUUCGAUGGAACGCUGGAAUCCUUGGACAAGGUGCAAAUGACACCCUUGGGUGGUGUGGCGCCCCUGCUUCAACUUGGUCUCUCUGUACAGACCAUCGAACGGAUCAUGUCCGGGAGCACAGUUGGGGAUGGCUUCAAGCCCUUAACGGCCUCUCCGAUGAGCUCAUCCUCCGAAUGGAAAUCUGUAGAGCUGUAUUUUGAGCAAACCUACGAUGUGGAUGGGCAGGGCAAUGUGGCUCAUGGCUUCUUCGUGCGACGUUGCAUGGAAUUGGCGGAAGAUCAUGUGGACCGUGCGCUGUGGCACAUCUUCAUAGCGGCCAACGAGGACCACCGCGGUGUGCUGAGCGCUUCAAAGCUGGAACAGGUGUUGGAUGGGCAGAGCUGGGAACUGCCGGGGCUGGGCAAAGGUAGUGAGGACAACGAUAUGGAAGGCCGUGCCCGCAUCCGUGCAGCCGUGGAUCCAGAGCUCACCGCGAGCGAGGCUGUUCGGCAAAUCGCACCCACAGGCACCGAGGUGACUUUCGAGGCGUUGAAAGAGUUCGUCCUGCAAAGACACGACAAGGGCUGUGCUGCUGCAGCGCAGGAGCUAGGUGAGACCUCGAGUGGCUGUUUCCAUGUGCACAUGAAUGCCCGCAACGUGACCAUGCUGCCGGCCACAGCCCCAGGGGGAUUGAUCGUGGGCCUGGCCCUCGUUCUGCUCUUGAACUCUUCAUGGGUAAUUGCCCUGAUGAUCGUGGUUGGAUUGCUCCUCUUCUUCGUGAUCAAUCUGAUCAUGAGACAGGAGUCCAUGCUGUACGUCCCCUGCGUGAUGCCCGGGAUGCAGACGCCCAGCGACAAUCCUGAGGGCAUGCGCAGUCCAGCCGACAGACAGAUGGAGUUCGAGGAUGUUUUCCUGGAGACGGUGGAUGGCUUGCGGAUACAUGGCUGGUUUCUACCGGUGGGCGAUGCCAACGAAACGCGAAAUUCGCCCACCUUGCUGUUCUGCCACGCCAAUGCAGGGAAUAUCGGUUUGCGCAUCCCCAACUUUGAGCAUAUCAUUAAGAAGCUCAAAGUCAAUGUCUUUGCACUUGACUACAGAGGCUUCGGUCAGAGUGAAGGCACUCCCAGCGAGGAGGGUCUCAUCGAGGACGCUCUCAGUGCGUGGAGAUGGCUAAAGAAGGAGUCGGAAGCGGGUCGCAUCGACCCUGAGCGGCUCUUUGUGUUUGGACGCUCCCUGGGUGGUGCAGUGGCCAUUGCCUUAGCCGCCGAGCUGCAGCAAUUGGCGCAAGGGCCCAGCCCCAAGGGCCUGAUUUUAGAAAAUACGUUCACUUCCAUCAGCGACGUGGUCAAUGCGCUCUUCCCACUUCUUGCCUUCGAAAGCUUGAAGAAGCGGUUCCUGCGCAUCCGAUGGGAAAGCAUUCAGAGAGUCCAGGACCUGGAGGUGCCAAUGCUGUUCCUCACAGGCGAAAAGGACGAGAUGAUUCCGCCCUCGCAUUCGCGGAUGCUCCACGCACGGGCUGAGAAAUCUAGGCUGCGGCGGAACGUUGUCUUCCCAGAGGGUCAGCACAACGAUACCUGGGAGAAGGGCGGUGAUGAGUACUGGAAAGUGCAAGCGACCUUCCUCCAGGAGUGCUUGUCACAAGACGUGCGAGGAGCAGCCAAGGUGCGAGCAAAGAUCGAGGAGGCCGGACAGUGUGCUUCCAUGGCAUCCACGACUGGCGAAGACGGCUGGGAAACCGUCGAUUCCAAGGGCGCGAGUGUACCCUCGUCGAACGACAGCUGAGCUGAGUUAUGCGUGGGAAUGAGCGCAUUGAGACUCGUCGCACGGGUUCCCCUUCUUCACCAGCCGCCCGAACAGAAGAGAAGAGGGAAGUGCUUCGCUUC